AGCCCCGGUUGACAUGGGGGAAUAUCAGAAUAAGGCGUACGUGUCAUUUCACCUAUCCAUUGUGUGUCUUUUUUAAGUUUUCAAUAUACAGCACACGAUCUGUUUACCAACAUUUAUUUGCUUUGUAGAGAACGAUAAAAAGGCCACAGAUGACAACCCGAUUUGGUCUUUAUAAAAAUGCAUCAUCCUUUGACGUGACAAACUGUGAAUGCAAUGCGCACGGGCUGCAGAGAAUUACCGCUCUGUUUUUGUUUUUUUCUAUGGGGCAGUUGAAUAGCCUGUUUAAUUUGGCGAUGUAGUGAAGUGGAAUGCACCUUUGCACACUUUUUUAAAUUCAACAACGUUUGCGUAGCUUUUGUGUCCAUCAAGUGUGUGACUGCGAGAAAUUCGCCAUCGUCUGAGUUCGUGCUACGGGUUGCUUUGUCACUGUGGCCACGCUGAAGUUUUUUCCAGGUGUCGCCGUCACACCCGCACCUGAUCGAUUAAAUUGAAUCUUAGCCCGUCAUUCUAGGAGAACUAGCGUCGCCAAAACAAGAACUUGGACUUUUGGUCCUCGUGGUUUUCACUGAUAGACGCAUAACUUGGAGCGUCUUACGGAGAGCCAUGGCCGUCGACGAUACCCAACGACUUUUCCAGGUCUGGGACUAUGUGGUGUUCGGGCUGAUGCUGGCCGUGUCAGUUUUCAUCGGCAUCUAUUACGGCUGCACCGGAGGCAAGCAGAAGACGACCAAGGAGUUCCUGCUGGCCGACCGCAACAUGAACCCCAUCCCUGUGGCCAUGUCGCUGGUGGCUAGCUUCAUCUCGGCCAUCACGGUGCUGGGUACGCCGGCCGAGACCUACAUCUAUGGCACCAUGUUCUGGCUGUUUGGGUUCGCCUACAUCUUGACAGGGAUCGCCGUGACGAGGUUGUUCCUGCCUGUCUUCUAUCGCUUGGGCGUAACCAGUGCAAACGAGUAUCUCGAAAAGCGCUUCAACAAGGUGGUUCGUGUUGCAGGAACUCUCACCUACUUCCUUCAAAUGGUCCUUUAUAUGGGUAUAGUCAUCUAUGCUCCAGCUCUGGCAUUUAACGCAGUGACCAAUCUCAGCUUGUGGGGGUCCGUGGUUGCCAUUGGUGUGGCCUGCACAUUUUAUACUACAGUUGGCGGCAUGAAGGCUGUACUUUGGACUGAUGCCUUCCAAAUGUGCGUAAUGAUGGCAGGAUUUCUGGCCGUCAUCAUCGAAGGCUCCCUGCGUCUAGGUGGAUUCAUACAGGUCUGGAAGAUUGCAGAGGAAGGAGGACGCAUCGAUUUCUGGAAUUUUUCUCCAGAUCCCUCCAUCCGGCAUACUUUCUGGUCGGUUGUAGUCGGUGGGUGCUUCACAUGGACAGCAACAUACGGCGUUAACCAAUCACAGGUCCAGCGAUACCUGACUGUUGGUAACUUAAGGAGGUCAAGAAUCUCACUAUACCUCGCAACUGUCGGCAUGGUAAUCGUGGUGUCAUGCGCCUGCUCAGCCGGUCUUGUGAUGUAUUCCUACUACGCCAACCAGCGAUGUGAUCCCUACACAUCCAAUCAAAUCGACCAAACAGAUCAGCUUAUUCCCAUCUUUGUGAUGGAACUAUUUGGAGGUUUACCAGGCCUGCCUGGGUUGUUUACAUCCUCUGUCUUCAGCGCAGCACUGAGUACCGUCUCUUCGGGGCUGAACUCGCUGGCAGCAGUGACUGCAGAAGACCUCGUCAGACCCUGUUUCAAGAAGAUGCAAGAGGAGCGAUACACACUCGUGACUAAAGGGAUAGCUAUGGGAUUCGGUUUACUGAGUUUGCUGGUUGCAUAUAUUGUAUCUCUCCUAAACAAGGGAGUCCUUCAGUUGGCUCUAAGUCUCUUCGGCAUGACUGGUGGGCCACUAAUGGGAGUCUUCAGUCUUGGAAUGUUCUUCCCUUGGUCUAACUCGAAGGGUGCUCUGACUGGUCUCAUCUGCGGGCUCGCCAUGGCCUUCUGGGUGGGCAUCGGCGCGCAGAUCUACCCGCCGGAGGUCUACAAGCCCCCGCUUGUCAUCGACGGCUGCUACUCUACGAACGCAACCAACUCCACGUUCGGUGGUAUGGGCUCGACGGCCAUGUCAGGCUUUACAACUAUGCCGCCUACCGAGGAACCCAGGCCCGCCAUUGCUGCUUUGUACACUCUGUCAUACUCAUGGUACAGCUGCACGUAUUGGCUGAUCACUGUGGUUGUCGGCCUGCUCGUCAGCUUCCUAACCGGAGCCAACAAGUCUAGUGAUAACGACCCGAUGCUAUACCAACACAUCGCCGAUGCAUGCUACUGUUGCCUGCCGGAAGUUAUUAAAAAACCCAUGCGCUGUGGACAGGACAAACUGGAAUACGAGGACGAUGAUGACACAAAGGACACUGCAUACUGCGUGAAAGAGGUUGAUGGCGUCAAAACGUCGCAGGACUUCCAAAUGAAUGACUACAACGGAGUGGGGACGAUUACCAAUAUGAAGUACAUACCCAAACCGGAUAAUCCAGAGGAGAACACCUACGAUAAUCCCGUUGAAGUCUACUCGGAGCAGCCCGCCACUGAAAUGUAGGCCAAGUGUCUUUGCCUCCCUGCGCAUGUUGAUGAGCCCCCUGACGCACUGGCCGUGUCCAACGCUACUGGCUACGGCUGUGUGAAACACGAUUCUUGAUGGGACCUGCAUGGUUGCAGCCUUAACCAAAAUACCUUCCACGGGCGCCUGUAUUAAUUCUACAGCCGUACCCAUAGUUGAGACAGACGUAGAUAUCAAAUCCUAGUCUUGAUGUCGAAGUACCGGUUCCUUUUUGGAAUAACAGCCUCACUGUGUAAUACUGAAGUCGUCUGGAGAAAACAAGCUAAAGAACAAGGGAACACGGGCAUCUGGGGGUUACACGCACACAGGCAAGAUUUCAAAAUAAAAUAAUGAAUAUUCAGACCAUCACCAUUUUAUAAAAAAUAAGUUUUCUGACACAGGUACUGAAAAGUACUUGAUUGGGAAAUUUGCAAAUACACUAAUCCUUAAAAUCAAUUUGAAGUAUAAAAGGGGGUGUCUGAAGUCCUUCAUUUAUUUAUCAAUCUUACCUUUUGUGCAUUUAGCAUCAAUAUCCAUUGUUCUCUUGCUUUUUUCUCUCUCCAAACCAAUUCAAUAUUUAUUGAACUUGGUUGACGGCGAAUUCUCCACGACAACACUGCUUAAUGCAGGAAUGCCCAACUCUGUAUGUUUGGUGUGUACAUGUAAAUAGCCACAUAUGACGACGCUUGUAAAGCAACGGUGUGCUGCUUCCCAGCUCAACGUCUGCUGCCCACGGACCGAACACCUUGAGUGGUAUUUUGGCCAGACCCCUGGGUUGAAGACCACAUGUAAAUUACCUUCCGUUCCCGUAGUACCAAGAAACUCCCGAUGAAGCCAUGCAAAUUUGAUCCAAAUUUGAACAAACGAAAGCUUCUUAUGUUUAUAUUUUAUUGAUUUUAAGCACCAGUCACAGGUCAUAAACUGCAAAUGUUUGCCAAGUGCUAAGAUUUUAAUAUGCUACUUCCAAUGAAGUAGUCUUAUAUUGUGAACCCCCCCC